AUGGAACAAAUGAAGAGAGAGAAGCGAUGUUCAGCAAUUAAACAAUAUGGUUUUUAUGCCAAUAGGGAUUACACAAUUAAAACUGGUCAGAAAAGGAUUUAAUACAAUAUCAAUCGUUAAUUGAGAAAGAAAAACAAGUUAAAGGAUUCACAGCACAAAAAUCACUCGCUGUCCCAAUUUACUCAAGAGGAAGAUAAGCGAAUCCUGAGAUUGGUCCAGGAAGUGGGACCGAAAUUUGUGAAAAUAGCUCUUUAUUUUCCAAACAAAUCAUACAGUAUGGUAAAAAACAGGUAUUACAAGCACUUGAGGGACAAAUACAAAGACCUCUACUAAAUGGGCUGUGAUACGAGAAUCGAAUAAGAAUCUAUGUUUUGCAAACCUAAUGAGAAGGUAAAUGAAUUGAAUUAGCUAAUCCAUUCUAUCAAUCUAUCUCCAGAAAUCUUCUCAUUGACUUAAACCUUCAUCUAGCACCUCUAGAAGUGUCUAACUUGA